CACAUAGUAAGUUUAAAUACAAACACCAUUAUAAGUCAUUCAUAACAUCAAAAAGUUUUACAAAAGCUAUGUAUGAGUAAUGUAAUCCUCCCACAUGGCAUUUGCAAUGGAAUCACAUAAUUCUUCUGCCAUCAUUGUGUUCUCAUUCCCAUUAUGAACAUGAGGUAUGUUAUGCCUACAAGUCCAGAUAAUUACAAAAAAAGAGAGUACAAUAACAAAACUGUAGAAAACGAAUUACAAUAACAAAACUACAAAAAGAGAGCAUUCAAAGUAGAAAAUUGAAAAAUAACCUCUCCUUCCCUUUUACAUUUUGAAACAUUAUAAGCACAUAGUCAUAAGAAAAUAAAAAAGCACAAUGAUGAUAAUAAAACAAAGCAAAUAUUCAUCCAAAAGGUAGAUAUAAAAUCUGUAGAGUAACCAUAUUCGAAUAUGGCAUUUUAGAUAUGGAAACUUUGACCAUAGAUCUUAAACAAGGGAUUCAGUAGAAGCUGAAAAAAAUAGCUAUUGUUAGAAAUUCAAAACAAGGUUAGAAGUUUAAACAGCAAGGGACAGAGAUGGAGCUUGGAAAAAUGAAAAUUACCUUAAAUUGGAUUCCGAAGAAAAAGUUUAUUUUUUUCAAGGAUGAAAAUUGAAAGUAUGUUGUCUCAUUUUAUCACUUUGCCACAAUUUCUCAUUCUCUUAUCUCAAAAAAUGAAAACUGAAAAAAAAGUGAACCAAAACUAGAAACUAAAAAUUGAAUCGCGGCUGGGGAGAGAAGAGGAACGAAAAUUGAAAAUUAAACGAGAAAAACAAAAAUUGAAAAAAAUACGACUGAUAUUACCUUGAUCGGAAGAAGGAUCACUGCUUGGAUCGGAAAAAGAUGACGAUCGGAAGAAGAUGGCGAUGCGGGAAGAAGAUGAAGAUGGCGAUGAUCCUCCUCAAACCCUUCAGAUCUUCCGAUCUGAACUCUUCAUUUUCUCUAUCUCCAAACUCAACUGCUUCGUCUCCUAGAUCUGCAAUGGAUUCGUACGAUUUGCGCUUCGAAUCCAUUAUCCCGGAGACACAAUUUGAGGAUAUUGGAGUUGAUGAUGGGGAUUUCAUCUCCGACAAGGUGGAGGACGAGGUCAUCGUCAUCGCCAGCGAUGACAAUAUGGCCGAUGUUGCCCCGGUCAGAGAGAGGAAGGACGUUGUCCUUUUUGAAUCUCAGAAAGACACUGUUUUUCUUCAUGGGAGGGAGGAGCCUAACUUUGUUGUUCUAGACGAUGAUAUUGAUGAUGCUGAUUGGUGCACAAAACAUGUCCUUUGUUACUUCUUUGGUAACACUGUGGACUUAGGCUUAUGGAUGGCAGCUGCAAGUGAUCUUACAGUAGUCCUCCGCCUCAGGGGAGUUUCUGUUAUAGCCUUUACAUCCAUGACAACCCUUUUUCUGCCACUUUUUCCUGCCAUUCUAUUCAUGACAUCAAUGGCAAUGCCCAGCUCUAAUUGUUUCUUUGCAAUGGCCCAUAUGCUACUGAUUGUUCUUGUAGACACUUUAAAUUGUGCUGCAAGGUUCUUGAUCUGUCCAUACUGAGCUGAGUAAGAACCAGCGGGGUUUUCGUUUGAAUGUGACACCUGUCGUGUUACAUUGUCUAAUUUUUUGGUGUUAUAUGCAAGCCGCCUGGACAUCGGGAUGAAAAAAGGAAGAGGAAUAAAGCUGAAUGUGAAAG